CAUCUCUGUGCCUUACUCUCUGACCUUCCAGAAGGAACCAUGGAAGCUUUUGUUCCCAGGUCGUAUCUGGCUCCGGUCAAGGAUGAAGAAGCCGAAUCUCAGAGGAAGGCAAAAUCCCGUCAUGCCAGGCAAACUCGCAGGUCAACACAGGGUGUGACUCUCACAGACUUGAAGGAGGCUCAGAUGAGCUACAGCCUGUCUCAUCAAGAUAGAGAGAAGGAGGAAGAAAGCACUCUGGGCCACAGACCUGCCCCCUGUCUGAGAAGAGGCUUCGCAGAUGAGACAGGAGAUCAGAGUAGCCUGACUGAGUCCAAAGAAACAUCUGAGUUCACUCUAAACUGGAGCCAAAUGGACAAGGUAACCAGAAAUCGCAUCUGA